UUCACCGGAUUUGGUAGUGCAGAAGAUUGGUACAACCGAGACUAAUAUGAAGAAAUUUGUUGUUUUAUCAAUGGCUUUGGCCAUUGUCUUGGGAGCAGCGAUCGAAAACCCGACCAAGGAAGUGGAUACCGACAAAGAAGUAGAAGCCAACGAUGAAACUAAAGUGCAAGCGAAACGUGGUCUCAGUGAUUAUGGUCAUGGAUUUUCUCAUCAUCCUGAAAUGUUAAGUGGAUUCCAGCCGUCUUAUAGAUACGGAGCUCCGGCAAGAUUUGAAUAUUUGAAUCACUAUAAUAAUCAGGCUCACCAACACAUUGCCUAUGACUGGAGAGACGAUAAGCAUACCAUCAUCACCAAGAAGGUACUAGUUCCUUACAAGGUUGAAGUUGAGAAGCACACCAUCACCGAAAAGAAGGUUCCUGUCCAUGUGGACCGCCCAGUGCCAUACCGUGUUGAAGUUGAGCGCAAGGUUCCAGUCUACAUUGAGAAGAAGGUUCCAGUGCAUGUGGAUCGUCCAGUUCCAUACCCAGUCAAGGUUCCGUAUCCAGUUGAGGUCGAGAAGAAAGUCCCAAUCUACGUAGAAAAGAAGGUUCAUGUUGAUCGUCCAGUGCCAUAUCCCGUCGAAGUGGAAAAGAAAGUUUCAGUCUUCGUUGAAAAGAAGGUUCCAGUCCAUGUCAAUCGCUACGUCCCAUACCCCGUGGAAGUCAAGGUUCCAGUAGUCCACAAAGUCCAUGUGGAAGUGCCGAAACCAUACGCGGUCCAUGUCUCGAAACCAUUUCCGGUGUACAUCGAGAAGCAGGUCGUCAAACACGUUGAUCGUCCAGUGCGCGUAGAAGUUGAGAAGGAGGUUCCAGUCACGCAUGUCCACAAAGUUGAAGUUUCAAAACCAUACGCUGUUAUUAUUGAGAAACCAGUGCUGCUUGAAAAGCACCAUCAUCAUCAUCAUGAUUACCAAAAGAAUCAAGACAGUCACGAACAUGUUCAGCAAAAUUCAGCUGCACUGAAGUUGACUGGAUAUACUUCUGAACCUGCUCAUAAUGAUCACCACAAUGAGCAUAACCUCCACCAAGGUGAAGAACAGCAUUACCAGAUACAGCAUUCGUCUCUUCCGGUUUCUGAACAAUUGGUUCAGCACAAGGAUGAACACGACGAUAACGAAGAACAGCAUCAAGAUGCCCAUCAUCAUCAUCAUCAGCAUCACAAUCAGCAACACCAAUACCAACCUCACCAGCAUGAAGAACAACAACACCACAAUCAGGAACAACAAUACCAGCACGAAGAACAACACCACCACAUUUCCACCUAUCACAAACGUGAAUCCAAGCAGUAG